AUGCCCUUUGUCGCCAACACGCCCGAGUCGCUACUCGAUCGCGCCGACUCCAAGAACCCCGUCUCGACAUGUCGCGGCAUCACCUCCAGCGGCCGGCCUUGCAGGCGGUCCAUCAGCAGCAGCGACAGCCCGGCUCGAGCGGCUCCGCCGGCAAGGAGCGCCCCCGGGUCGAGGCUAGACCUGAGUGACGAGACCCUGUACUGCUGGCAGCACAGGGAACAGGCGGGCCACUCGGCCAAGUCCAGCCCGGGUCCCCGGCCGAGCGCGAAGCCCGUCCCGGAGGAGAGGAGAUGCAGCCUGGACACGCUUGCGGAUCGGCUGGGGAUCGUGGACUUGCAGGGGAAAAGGCACGGGAAGCGGCACCGCGGCCGCGCGCAAAACGAGCCUGCCAGCCUGUCGCGGCCCAAGACGCCGAACCCCAAGCCUCUUCGGUUCUGCCUGUGCUUUUCCAUCCCCUCGGAAGAGGAGGUGCAUGAGCCGCCGCGGCGGCCGAGGCCGACGAAGCCGCGGCCCCAGCCCCAACCUAUUCAGAAGAUGCCAAACCUCCAGAGUCGACCGGGGCUCCCCCCCCGCCAUACCGGGCCCUCGUCUCGUCACCGGCAAAUCACGAGCCCGAGCGCCUCCUCGCCGGGCAAGGCGUCGCGCCGCUCCGCAAAGUCGGCGCUUUCCCUGACAGCCCGGCUCAAGGACCUCGUUCCGGAUUCUCUCGACGCGCCCACCGCCUCGGCCCUGAUGGCCGAGCUCGCGCGGCCGCACGCCGAGUCGGAAGAAGCAGGCUACAUCUACAUGUUCUGGCUGACGCCGUCGGCCGCCAAGUCGCCCCCGCCAGUCGACGCGGCCCGAUCCCUCCUCGCGCCGCCCGAUCCGGAUGCCUGCCGCCGCCGCCGCCGCCGCCGCCGCCCCAGCGACGCGGUCCCCGGGCUCGCGGAUGCGCGAGGCAGCAGCGCCGGCAGCGCCGGCAGCCGGACGAUGCUGCUCAAGAUCGGGCGGGCGGCCAACGUGCAGCGGAGGAUGAACCAGUGGCGGCGGCAGUGCGGCUACGACAUCGAGGUGCUGCGGUACUACCCGCACGUCGCGGCGGGCAGUGACGACGACGACGGGGCACGGGGGAAGGCUGCCGCGCCGCGGAUGACGCCGCACUGCAAGAAGGUGGAGCGGCUGAUCCACGUGGAGCUGACGGGGAUGGGGCUGCGCGCCGACAUGGCUGCGUGCGAGGCGUGCGGCCGGGAGCAUCGGGAGUGGUUCGCGGUCCAGGCCACGAGGGAGGGGAUCCGGGCGGUGGACCAUGUGAUUCGGAGAUGGGUUGAGUGGGACGAAGAGGGUGUGGAUUGA